GUUUUUCCUCUGUCCGUCAAGUAAAUUUUAACGUUGGGACGGUCUACAAUUCGCAGGUUCUCUUAACAUUUUCAAAUACCAAGAGCUAAAAGCGAAACGUGUGAACGACGUAAUGGCAGAAGCGAUUCAGAAGAAAUUACAAUCAGAACUGGAAAAAUACCAGCAGAUGCAGAAAGACGUCAGCAAAAGCAUGUCGGCCAGGCAGAAACUGGAGGCCCAGUUAACGGAGAAUAAUAUUGUCAAAGAGGAGCUGGACCUGCUAGAUGGUCAGAACACAGUGUACAAGCUGAUUGGACCAGUUUUGGUGAAGCAGGACCUGGAUGAAGCGAAAGCGACAGUAGCCAAGAGGCUGGAGUACAUAAACGGCGAAAUCCAGCGCUAUGAGACAUUAUUGAAAGAGAUGGAGCGCAAGUCAGAUCAGCACCGCGAGGUUCUGGCCAGCCUGCAGCAGGAGUACCAGCGGGCCCAGGGCCGGGCUGUAGGAAAGGUCUGACCAACAGACUGAGACAGGAAAAGGACACCAUGUUUUGACAUGGAUCCACUCCACACUCAAGCUCAUGGACAGUCUGACCAACUGACUUGCACAACCUCAGUCCUUUCCUCACCAUGCUGUGCAGCAGGUUCAGGUUGAUUCUUUGUGAUUUUUUUUGUUGUCCCUGCUAUCAAUAAAGUGGUUUCAUUAUUUAGA